AUGGCAGGCGAUACUCGGGAUUCAUCUUCUCCUCCACCUCGUGGCCCACCACCAGGAGCCACCGAGCCUCCCGAACAUGUCAAAAAUGCCAAAAUCUACGAAGUGUUCCCGGCAAAUGCGAACUCCUUGCCGGAGGGCUCAGGCCAAAACACAGCCGGACGGCCACAGAACCCAAACCUGACAGACGCGGUCAAGACGGUUCGGAUACAGGAUUUCAAGCAGGUUUAUAUGUAUCCAUGUGUACGAGAAUCGCUACUUACCGGCAUUGGGGGUGGAUUUGGUGUGGGUGCUCUCAGAGUUGUAUGGGGAACACCAAUACCAAAAGCAGCAAAUUGGGCCGUCGGCACUUUCGCUUUCGCUGCUCUCGCCAACUACGAGUAUUGUCAGUAUAAACGCAUGCUGGAGAAAUCGCAUAUGAAACGAGCGGUCGAGAUCAUUGAUCGGAAGAAAGCGGAGAAGGAAGCUGAAGCUAAGGCGAAGAGGGAGGAAAGAAGGCGGCUGAAGGAGGAGGCGGAUAACAAGGCUGAGGCGAAGAAAAGCAGCUGGAAAUUCUGGUAA